CCUGUUUGUAGCCAAUUAUUUGACAGGCUCAUGCUAAUGUUGGAAAUUUUUAGUGAGGAAGAGGAUCCAGACGAGUACCCCUUUCCACUCACGCUGCGAUCUCCCAAGGCCAACGAUACGAUACCAGUCAAUGGUACAAAGUAAACAUGGAAAAAAUAAAUAUGAGCUAGGCCACUAGUUCACUAUGAAAGAGAAAACGAUAAUCCACACGAGUUUCGGAAAUAAUAAAACAGGCGCGCACGUGGGUUCUUGCGAGGAUUCAACUCUGGAUAGAAGGGGGGUUAAAUCUGCCUGCGCGGCUUUUGUACAUGAUGCAAGCUGGCGAAACGCGAAUUGGGAGGAAAGGGUGAGGCACACCAGGCUGUAUUAUGAUUUGCUCUUAAUUUUGCGUCAUUGCAAUUUUUACCUGUGGGUACAAUUUUCUUUCUUCUUUUCCCUGUUUUUACUUGAUACUCUUGAUGCGAUGCUAUGUUUAUCUGUAACUUCUGGUUACUUUUCUUUCUUUUGUCUUUGGUUCUGUAUUCUUCGUCGUCAUUCAGCAUGGUUUAUAUUUUUCCUUUCUUGCCAAUCUGCCACGCUUCCCAUCGAACAGCUUUUGAUUGCGAGCUUUCUGCUUAUGUGGCAAUGUCAAAUACGGUAUACCUCGCAUGCGGAUUUUGUCUGUCAGCACGAACAUUUAUCAUGUACCUUGUAUCUCUAAUCUUGAAUCAUAUGUCAUUGAUCAAAUUAUUAAGCUACCUAAUUUAUGUGAAUGCUAUUUGAAUAUCUUUUGUUUAUUUACUUUUUCUCUGGGCUAGUAAAUUUCUAAAUCCCGUAGAUGUAUAAGUCUUCUGUAUACUUUUCCUGGUGGGUCAGCGUUCUCGAAAUGCACAAGAUGUAUUACAAUCAACAUGAAUCCAUGAUCGGACG